AUGGGCGAUGAGAGGAGAUAUGUGUUCCCAAGAUUGUUUACUGUUAUUAUCUGCUUUUACUUUGGUGUUUUUGACCUUAGCCCUGUAUGUGAGGGUCAGGAACAUGGAUCUCAUUAUCCUCCAUCAAUCAACUUUGCUAAACAAGAGUGUGCUCCAUAUCAAGUGAUUCGUAGAGAGAAAGAAUUUGAAAUACGAAGUUACAAAGAAUCCUUAUGGAUUUCUACUCGUGCCGUCGCCUCAGAGUCGUACAAAAAUGCAGUCCGUGAUGGUUUCAUCAUCUUGUUCAACUACAUUAAUGGCGAGAAUCGUGACAACGUGAAGAUCGAUAAGAUGGCACCUGUUUUAGUUGAUAUCCUUAAAAAUUCAUCUUUGAAGGUGAAUUUGUAUGUUGCUCAAAAAUUUCAAAAUGUUCCUCUUCCCCAGGAUAAAGUGAAACCUAUAAAAUUGCCACAAAUUAUAAUCUACCAUGGCAACAAUAGUGUUCUAAAUGGCGCCGUCAAGGUGCGCUUAGGUGUGAUGCUUGGCUAA